AUGGCUUCGUGGCUUACGAAUUUUUACCAACCAACGGCACCCAUAUCCGAAGAGCGUAUUGCCGUGACAGGUGGAGCAUCGCAGAACCUCGCAUGCCUUCUCCAGGUGUUCACUGAUCCGGUGCACACACGUAACGUGUGGAUCGUAGCUCCGGCCUACAUGUUGGCUUUUCGUAUCUUUGAUGAUAGCGCGCUAAAGCUCCGAGCAGUACCAGAAGAUGAAGAAGGCAUCGACAUUGAGUACCUGAGGACUGAGAUCAGAGAGAGCGAGGCCAAAGCACGGGCACAACCCAACGGCGAACAGCCCAUUAAGCCUCAGAGACCAUGGUCUAAGUUCUAUCGCCACAUCAUCUAUGCAGUUCCUACAUUUUCGAACCCCUCAUUCAAGACGAUGACCUUGAAGCGAAGAGAACAGCUAGUCAGACUAGCACGAGAAUACGACGCUUUGAUCAUUACAGAUGAUGUGUACGACUUCUUGCAAUGGCCAGCGAGUCUUACAGCGAAGCAUCUGUCCCUCGACAAAGCUGUUCUGCCCAGGAUCGUCGAUAUUGAUCGGUACCUCGAUGGUGGUGCGGAACGGGAAGGUGCUGAUGGAUUCGGCAACUCGGUGUCAAACGGCAGUUUCUCGAAGAUCGCUGGCCCCGGUCUAAGGACUGGCUGGUGCGAGGGUACCUCGAAGUUAGCAUUUGGUGUUUCUCAAACCGGCUCAAGCAGAUCAGGUGGUGCGCCUUCGCAGCUUGCCGCUACCUUUCUAGGAGAGAUAAUCGAGUCCGGAGAUCUCCAGCGCCAUGUUUACGAGGUUCUCCAACCUUCAUAUGGCAGGCGUUAUCAGAAGUUCGUUAGGGCAAUUGAAACAGAAUUAAUCCCUCUAGGGGCUCGUCUGCCGCAGACAGAUCGGGACGUCGUGGGAGGCUAUUUCAUUUGGCUGACGCUGCCGGACGGGAUCAAGAGCAUCACUGUGGUGCAACGGGCCAAGGAAGAGGAAAACGUUGUUGUUGCGCAGGGGGAGAUCUUUCAAGUGCCCGGUGACACAGAUCACGCAGGGACUCACUUCGAACAAGACAUCAGGAUGUGUUUUGCUUGGGAAGAUGAAGACGUCCUCGCCGAGGGCAUCGAACGCCUUGCACGGGUGAUUCGCGGGCUCCAAAAUGAGCAACAAGAUGGGGAAGCACAGUCGUCGAUGCAACAUGCCACCAAGGCCAGCGCAGAGGAGUUUUGGUAA